UCAUUUAUCUUCUCCGAUAUCCCAAACCGUUUUGCUUCCUCUUCGUCUUCUACGCUAAAUUUUCACUCAUGUGAUUGAAUGACAAUUUACACUCAUGACAAGUUGUACUAUAUAAGUUGCUGCAGUGUGACGUUUAUUCUAAUCAAUCGAUCUAUUUAAGUAACCGAAUACUUCAGUGAUUCUUGAUCACUGAAUUGAUGGACUUUUACACCGGAUACGCACAGUAUUGAGGUUACUUCUUCUCUGUGUGCAGGCCGUGGACUUAAUCACGAGGAAGAAAAAUCUUGCAGCAGCCACCAAUGGUGGCCAUGGUACGGCCGACAGGAACUCCUCGCUUUAUCAGGAGAAGGCCGAGAAAUCGAUAUCUUUUAUAUCAGGAACCUCCCAUCGAGCAAGCUGGGAAGUACAUCAAAAGGGAGGAAUUAGCAGAGGAUACUGUAUUAGACCAAGCUGUGUGGAGCAAAGGUCUUCCGGAUGAUGUUUUCUGUACAAUUUUGGCGAGGUUGCCACUGAGUAGCUUUAUUCGAUUCCGGACUGUGUGCAAGAGUUGGAAUGCUAUUGUUCAUGAUCCACUGUUUCUGGAGGCAUCUUCUCGAGUGUCCAAUCGACAAACUUGCUUGGUUCUGAGGAGCAGAGAACAAGAUGUCAUGUACGAACCUGGCACAAACAAUUGGUUGCCAAUUCCAGCAAGUUUCUUCCACGCUGGAAAUGAAAGUCAUUACGGAGUCAUUGCUUCAUGUGGAGGCCUAGUUUUACUAUCUCACCGAUGUAGGCUAAUGCUGUUCAAUCCUUUGAACAAGUCCAAAAAGAACUUACCUCCCAUGAUUGACAUGGAUCAGUCCGACUUACCGACGGUAUCCGAUGUAGAUGUCAUUGGAAUGUACCUUGAGGUCGAGGCCAAGUAUAUCAGCAUCCUUGUUACGGACAAGAUAACGAAUGCUGUGACACACAGCGAUGAGGAUGAUGAAUGCGAUGAGUAUGAUGAAUCCUAUUAUGAGGGACGUGAGCCUUUUGCAGCGCAGGUGUACAAUUCCAGGACCAACUCUUGGGAGAUGCGUGGAACUUUCGACCCCGAAUACCAGCUUUCCAUUUUGAAUGCGGCCCUGCUAGAUGACACUCUUCACUGCUUGACCGAGGCAGCGGACCCGAACAUGAGCCAUAUUUAUAACCAGUUGGCAAUCUACUCCAUCCUUAAGGAUAUAUGGGACGAAGACGCAAUCGAAAUGCCUGAUGACGAACGGGCGUUGGUCUCUCCCCAUUUGUUCACGAACACGGGAAGGCUUCUUUUGGUAGCUGCUCGGACUAUCACGGGAGGCCCGUGGAAUAACGAAUUGCCCUUGUGGAAUAACAUCAUCAUCUGGGAGCUGCAAGCCGUCGAGCCAGAGGUUUUUCAGUUCGUCAGAAAGCUGGAGAUAGAGCCCCAGGAGGUUCAAAAAGAGCUUCUAAACAUUCGGGUCGGAGACUUAUUCUUUCUUUCAGAAGGUGAUUUUGUAUACUUUGGCUCCAAGCUCGGAAGCACUCUUGGUAUGAUCAACGUGAAGUCCCAAACUUGGCGGCUGUUGCCGCCAAUUCCCGAUUACGAUCAUUAUGACUUUCGCAGUCAACCGAAGAAGUUCUUGUUUCAACCCAGAAUUGACUUGGAGGCCUGACUGGAAUCACGCAUCCACAUUGACUUCAAUGCACUCAUGUGGCAAACUGUUUCCUAAAUUCUUCCUCGGUUUUCGGUUAUUCUGCUGCUCAAGUUUUUCUGCCCUGUUCAUGGAUUUAACUCCAUUACUCAAGGUUCACACACUUGUGCCGUACUGAUUAUCAUUAUUAGCGUAAGUUUCAAUUUCUUUAUUUGGCUUUUAAGUACUCAUCAUCAGCGUGACGAAAAUCAAGUGGGG